AUGCGCUAUCAAGUCGGCCGCGCAUGUGCUGCUGCUUGGUAUACGUAUCUUUACAAAGAAUUGGAUCUUCUGCCAAACGUAUCUAUUGCUGAAGAAGCCCGCAAUGCUGCCGAAGAUGCCGACAUCUACAAGAUUAUUAUGUCGGCCCCUCAAAGAUGGGCUGUUAUGGAUGAUUUUACUCGAUCGGUGAAUCUUGAAAACCCGCCGGCACCCGCCUUUCUCAAUGGCAAUAUGAAGUUCCGACGGGCUUUGGGCCGGCGGGUUCUUCCUCCCAAGAACUUGCCAGAUACAACCGCAGAUGAUAUUAACAUUGAGGAAGAUGGAUUUAUUGGGUUGAAAGAACAACUCAGCAAAGUAGAUCGCGAUGCGAUAGUCGGCCCAGGUGCGAAACUUGGCCCAGGAGACUCUGAGCAUUUGUGGAUGCCUCUUCCGCCUGAUCUUCCAGUUCUUGACAAACGCCCUCCAACGCAAAUGGCUGCAGGGAGGGCCUAUCAACUGGAGACCAACCCUGGGCGAAUCAUUCUCCCAGGUAAAUUGCUCAACGAAGGCAAUGAGCGUGAGUGUCGCGAGAUUCGCACUGGGAUAAAUGCUCGCAAAAUCAUGAACAACGAUAUCUCUGACCUUGAAGAUGACUCUGACUGCCUCCCUUGGCUUAUCUGGUGGCCGGUAGAGCUUAAUGAGAACAUUUUGCGUGAGCUUGCUAGCAAGUGUCCGUCCAUGAGACACCAAAUUGCGAUCACCGCCAUACUUUGUGACUACAAGUCACUUUUCUGGUCGUUGAAGCCUCUUCCACACGAGUCCUUCUUCGAGGCUGCUAAACAAAGCAGAAACACGUUCUACCUUGUCAGGGAGCGUUCCAUUAGAAGCAGAGAAACCUCAGAGUUCGGCCCUUAUAAUACCACCUGGGAAACAAGUUUACAGCCUGAUUUGGAGCCUAGAGAUUCUUCUGCUCACUCUUCUAUCCAAUUUUCUGAUAUGGCUGUUCCUUGGGGGCAGCAUCCCAGAGACGAAUGGGGCUCUCCUGGAAUGUAUGGCGGUCAGCCGGCUGACCCGGGUGUUGUGGAGAGAUACAUGUGGCUGUCAACUGAAACUGCGCAGAAGAUCCAAGACGAAUCCAGCGGAAUCUACGACGAUAGCGCGGGUACUGGCUACUUGUAUAUUGAAAAUGAUGAUUCGGAAAACGAACUUUGGCUGAAGCUCUCACGUCCUCUAAAGCGUAUGACAUCCUUCGAAAUGAAAGACUUGGGGGACAAAAGCUAG